AUGUCUGUAUCCAACGAUCCUACUACAAAGCUCUACGAUGCGGUGAUCGUGGGAGCCGGACUUAGCGGCCUUCAAGCCGCGCAUUCCAUCCAGGCAGCAGGAUUCAGCGUGUGUAUCCUGGAAGCUACGGACCGAGUGGGCGGGAAGACGUUGACCGUAAAAUCCAGCGAGAAGGGAUACAAUGAUCUAGGAGCGGCUUGGGUGAAUGAUACGAACCAGACGGAGAUUUUCAAACUUCAUCAGCGGUAUGGACUGGAUGGGGUGGUUCAGUAUCCUUGUGGAGAUGAUAUCCUCGAGUCAGGCGAGGGGGUGAUCCGCAAGAUACCGUAUGGAUUGCCAUUGACUGGGCUUCCAAAGAAAUUGUUGGAUAUUCUCCGAAUUGAGUCCUCACGGUUAGACUUGGACGAUCCUAUGAGUUUUCCAGGGGCCACAGAAGUGGAUAAUCUGACGUUCAGGGACUUUUGCGUCGAGAAGACUGGAUCGGAGGAUGUUAUUCACAUUACAGAUGCUAUUUCAACGGCGCUGCUUGGAUUGAAUAGUAACGAACUCAGUGCUUUGUAUAUGCUCUACUACUUCAAAAGUGGGAGUGGGAUCGACAAUCUGCUGUCAGAUGAGAGAGACGGAGCACAGUAUCUGCGGACAAGACAAGGAACCCAAACCAUCGCCCGGAAGAUGGCAGAUGAGCUCAGCCAAUCGGACAUUUUUCUGGGCAUGCCCGUCACUUCAAUCAAUCAGACUGACGCUGAUGCUCACUGCGUGGUCCAGACACUUGAUGGAAGUUCUUUUCGCUGUCGACGCGUUAUCGUGUCUAUCCCUACCACCUUAUACCGGAGUGUCUCCUUCCACCCCCCACUUCCACAUGCAAAACAGGUAUUAAGUGACCAUACGAUCAUGGGAUACUACAGUAAAGUGAUCUUCAUCUUCAAAGAACCAUGGUGGCGCGACGCUGGACUUACCGGAAUCGUCGACUGUGCGGGUGGCCCCAUAACCUUUACACGGGACACGAGUGUACCCACCGAUGACCAAUGGUCUAUCACAUGCUUCAUGGUGGGCAGUCGCGGACGAGCGUGGUCUAAGCUGUCAAAGGAUGAUCGAUACAGCCAAGUGUGGGAGCAGUUUCGCCGAUGUUUUGAAGACUUCGUGGAAAACAUCCCCGAGCCAGCCAAUACCCUGGAGAUGGAAUGGAGUAAAGAGCCUUAUUUCCUUGGAGCACCUUGUCCGGCUAUGAUACCCGGCUUACUGACUACUGCCGGGAGUGAUGUAGCUGCACCGCAUGGCAAAGUGCAUUUUAUCGGAACAGAAACGUCCACAGUGUGGCGUGGGUACAUGGAGGAGGCUAUUAGAGCCGGGCAGCGAGGAGGAGCCGAGGUUGUGACGGCACUGCAGGAAGACUAG